AUGUCUCAGCAGUUCGAGUCACAUGUCUCACCAGUCCGGAUCACAUGUCUCACCAGUCCAGGUCACAUGUCCCACCAGUCCGGGUCACAUGUCUCACCAGUCCGGGUCACAUGUCUCACCAGUCGGGGUCACAUGUCUCACCAGUCCGGGUCACAUGCCUGGGUCACAUGUCUCACCAGUUCGAGUCACAUGUCUCACCAGUCCGGAUCACAUGUCUCACCAGUCCAGGGGAGGCAGGAGCUAACACUGUUUAUCACAGACAACAAUAGUGAGGCUCAGUCUGACACGGCCUGGCCUCCUUCAGCCUCUUAUCUCCACCUCCAGCCGCUCUUUGCUUCACACUGUCCCAGAGAGAGGGGCUGUCACUGGGAGAGGCCGCUGGGGAGGGCAACCCACAGGGACCGCAGGGAGCACAGGGACCGCAGGGAGCACAGGGACCGCAGGGAUCGCGGGGAGCACAGGGACCGCAGGGAGCACAGGGACCGCAGGGAGCACAGGGACCGCAGGGACCGCAGGGACCGCAGGGAUCGCAGGGACCGCAGGGAUUACGGGGACCGCAGGGAUCGCAGGGACCGCAGGGAUUACGGGGACCGCAGGGAUCACAGGGACCGCAGGGAUUACGGGGACCGCAGGGAUCGCAGGGACCGCAGGGAUUACGGGGACCGCAGGGAUCACAGGGACCGCAGGGAUUACGGGGACCGCAGGGAUCGCAGGGACCGCAGGGAUCACAGGGACCGCAGGGACCGCAGGGAGCACAGGGACCGCAGGGAGCACAGGGAGCGCAGGGACCGCAGGGAUCACAGGGACCGCAGGGAUCACGGGGACCGCAGGGACCGCAGGGAUCGCAGGGACCGCAGGGAUCGCAGGGACCGCAGGGAUCACAGGGACCGCAGGGAGCACAGGGAGCACAGGGAGCACAGGGACCGCAGGGAGCACAGGGACCGCAGGGAUCACAGGGACCGCAGGGAGCACAGGGACCGCAGGGAGCACAGGGACCGCAGGGAGCACAGGGACCGCAGGGAUCACAGGGACCGCAGGGAUUACGGGGACCGCAGGGAUCGCAGGGACCGCAGGGAUCACAGGGACCGCAGGGACCGCAGGGAGCACAGGGACCGCAGGGAGCACAGGGAGCGCAGGGACCGCAGGGAUCACAGGGACCGCAGGGAUCACGGGGACCGCAGGGACCGCAGGGAUCACGGGGACCGCAGGGACCGCAGGGAUCGCAGGGACCGCAGGGAUCACAGGGAGCGCAGGGAGCACAGGGAGCACAGGGACCGCAGGGAGCACAGGGACCGCAGGGAGCACAGGGAGCACAGGGACCGCAGGGAUCACAGGGACCGCAGGGAGCACAGGGACCGCAGGGAGCACAGGGACCGCAGGGAUCACAGGGACCGCAGGGAUCGCAGGGACCGCAGGGGAUUACGGGGACCGCAGGGAUCACAGGGACCGCAGGGAGCACAGGGACCGCAGGGAGCACAGGGAGCGCAGGGACCGCAGGGAGCACAGGGAGCGCAGGGACCGCAGGGAUCACAGGGACCGCAGGGAUCACGGGGACCGCAGGGACCGCAGGGAUCGCAGGGACCGCAGGGAUCGCAGGGACCGCAGGGAUCACAGGGACCGCAGGGAUCGCGGGGAGCACAGGGACCGCAGGGAGCACAGGGAGCACAGGGACCGCAGGGAGCACAGGGAGCACAGGGACCGCAGGGAUCACAGGGACCGCAGGGAGCACAGGGAGCACAGGGACCGCAGGGAGCACAGGGACCGCAGGGAUCACAGGGACCGCAGGGAGCACAGGGAGCACAGGGACCGCAGGGAUCGCAGGGAUCACAGGGACCGCAGGGAGCACAGGGAGCACAGGGACCGCAGGGAGCACAGGGACCGCAGGGAGCACAGGGAGCACAGGGACCGCAGGGAUCACAGGGACCGCAGGGAGCACAGGGACCGCAGGGAGCACAGGGACCGCAGGGAUCACAGGGACCGCAGGGAGCACAGGGACCGCAGGGAGCACAGGGAGCACAGGGACCGCAGGGAGCACAGGGACCGCAGGGAUAA